CGGAAGUGUUCGUCAUCGACCUCUUUCACUGCGGCUUCAUCGCCAGGCGGACUAACCCGCUGCUCCCAUCCGAUCCCUCAGCGCAGACUGUCGGGUCCUUGAAUUUGCCAGCACCGGCUGCCGGAAAGCGUCCAGCUCCUGUCCAAAUGCAAGCUAUCAAAUGUGUGGUGGUCGGCGACGGGGCUGUGGGAAAGACCUGUCUGCUGAUCAGCUACACCACCAAUGCCUUUCCUGGUGAAUACAUCCCCACUGUCUUUGACAACUACUCUGCCAAUGUCAUGGUGGAUGGGAAGCCUGUGAAUCUGGGCCUCUGGGACACAGCAGGCCAGGAGGAUUAUGAUAGACUCAGGCCAUUGUCUUACCCACAGACGGAUGUGUUCUUGAUAUGCUUCUCCCUGGUCAGUCCGGCCUCCUUUGAGAACGUCCGAGCUAAGUGGUACCCAGAAGUGAGACACCAUUGCCCCAACACACCCAUCAUCUUGGUGGGGACAAAGUUGGAUCUUCGAGAUGACAAGGACACCAUCGAAAGGCUGCGAGACAAGAAGCUUUCUCCAAUAACCUAUCCUCAGGGUCUGGCUAUGGCGAGAGAGAUUGGGGCUGUGAAGUACCUGGAGUGCUCGGCACUGACCCAGCGAGGCCUGAAGACAGUAUUUGACGAGGCCAUCCGAGCCGUGCUCUGCCCUCCGCCUGUGAAGAAGAGGGGGAAGAGGUGCACCAUGUUCUGAGGAGGAUCCACUGCUCUAACACCACAUCAUCAGAAACAACAAACACAGUUUCUUUGAGCGAAUGAGAGCUAAAACUGGUGAGAGUGAGUGUGCGGUUCAGUGAUUGUUUUCUGUAGCCUUUUUCUUUUUCAAACGCCAUAUUGGUCACACAAACCAAGAUUUAUUCGGUUUUUCUCACCCAUUGCUGUAUAAGAUCAUGGGUUCUCUGUGAACGGCACUGACUGUCCAUCUACAUUGUACUCCUGGAGGCAAACUGUUGCCAUGAGGACUGCAGCUUUCUAGAACCUCGUCUUUAUACUGCUCUUGUCUCUCUCAGCCAUGCUUGCUUCAGUUAACGCAGUGGUGAUUACACAGACCGUCAGUUGCUGAUAUGUUUCAGGUUGGAAGUUACCCUCAGCGUCCUUUCUAAGAUCAGCAGGUUCAGCCUCAACGCUGAACACUUCUAGGUGCUACAGUUAACGUUUUCUCUGCUGCACUUGGAGAUAAUGGACAUACUUGUUUGUGUGAAAAGGUCCCGGUCAGAUCAUCUGAGAGCGCUGCACACUAACCCAUGAUUUUUGACUGUUUAAUUAAAGCUAUGCAGCUCAGAUCUGAUGUGGCAGGCUUUUAGUGACUAACCACAAACCGCAGCCUGUGUUCUUGGUCUAACACAGAAUGGAAAGGAAGCAGGCCGAUCUCAAAACGUCGCUGUAUUUAUGACCUGAGGGCCUGACGUCAGCGGCUGUGUGGGUCAGUUCAUCUCGCCUGGUGAUUGUAUUAAUCGGCGCUCAUCUCAAGCCUGUUUGUGUCGUUUCUGUUACAAAAAAAGUUAAAGUAGCUCUGUCUAUGACAGCCUGUUGUUAGCAGCCUUUAGGUCAGUAAUAAUAGUGUUGGACUGAUGGACGAAACUGGGAUUAUUUAUCUGUGAAUUUAGCUGAGCUCUAACUUCUCACCUAAUUUCUUCUUUUUUUUCCGCCGUGCCCAUCUCCUCUGUAGAAAAGCGACGUGAAGACUUCAUUUCUUUGUAGCUUUUUCAUUUUGCAAGAAAAUUCUUUUGAGCUUGAAACCCUUCCGAGUCUUAACGUGACUUCUGGCUUUAGAAGCAGAGACUGGGGCUUAGAGAUAUACUGGCCGUUUAUUUUGUGUUUAAUCAGUGUUAGUGAGGCAUAGAUGGUUUCUCAAACAUGCAGUCAUACUACUAGUAAACACUUAGUCCUGAUCUUAGACAAGAGUCUGUGGGGAACUUCAUUUACAGUGCUGAUUUUGUAGGUUUGCCUUUCAAGAAAUAAUGACUCUAAUCGUGUGAUUUUGAUUUAACAUGGAGCGACAGAAUGUCAGUCAAAGAUUCACACACAUUGCAUAAAGGUUACACAUUGUUUUCAUGAAACUCUGUGAAACAAGCAUUCGAUCCAUAAGUGAACUAUAAUCUCCUGUUUGGUGAAAGAACCUGCUUUGGGAAGCAGAGCAUUAAGAUGAACCAUCACCAGAUCUGCAGCCAUCUGAUGAAGGGUUUUAGCCCAGUUCUUCAUAUCCUUCAGGAUUCUUGGCUGCCUCUCUGCAACUCAAUGCUUCUGUGCGCUCCACAGAUCUUCUGCAAAUCUGAGCUCUGGAGACUGUUGCCUUGGUGCUAAGUUUUGGUCCAUGCUUACCGGUACUUCUCUGAGUGGCUGAAGGAAAUGGAUUAUUGCCCGAGAUCAGAUGUAUUUACUCAGGUAAAUACAUGCUCCACCUUUUAUUCAGAAAACAGCCCCAAAGCACAAUAUUUCCUCCUCCAUGCUUGGCUGUGGGAAGGUAACAGGCGGCGUUGAUGCCCAACAGCUUGCUUUUAGUCUCAUCUAAACCGAAUAUUAUCUCCUAACACCUGCAAAAUGAAGAUGAGCCUGUACAUAUGUCUACAUGGGGAGCUGAAAUAUAUCUAUCAGUUAGUGCGAACAGUGAUUCCACUGAUGUGCUGGGUAGCUGUGGUCCUUCAGAUCUCUAGCUUCUGGAACGUAGCUGUGGGCCGAGGCUGCUCCUUUGCCAUUUUUUGCCAUCAUUUUGGUGGCUCUAAUGGCUCACUUUUCAACACAGUAGGCUGACAGGAAGAGGGGGAGAGACAUGCGGCAAAGGACCGCAGGUCAGAGUGGAACCCAGGUUGACGACCAAGGCCUCUGUACAUGGGUUGCGCUACCCGCUGCACCACUAGCGCACCCUAAAAGAACUAACCUAAAAGCUCUUCUUGGAGAGCGUUUCAGCCUUUCCUCUCCCUGAUAUCCAUUCCAUGCUUGUUGGUCUCUGCAUGGGAGUGUGGACUGCUGUGCUUUAAAGGCGUGAAGUAAGGAGUACCUGGUAUUGAUGGUUGGAUUGAUUAACUGAUUGUAAUCUGUGUGCCUUGUGGUAGCUCAAACUCUAUCUGGUUUGCAAGGGAUCAAAUGCUUUCUUUCACAUGGCCAAUCAGUUUAAAGUUUUCUUUUCUGCAUAUUCUGUGUCUGUCUGUUAAAUAAACCUACCAAACAUUUACAAAGCUUUUGUUUCUCGGUUUGAAGGCAAACCUACAGAAGCAGCAGUGGUUUAGCUUAUUCCCUCCUCUGGAACUGUGGAUGUGUGUCAGACCAGCAUGCCAAACAUGGAGCUGUCCAACCUUGCUGCCUGAGAUCUGCCUUCAGAAAGGGAGGAGCUUGCAUGGUCUUAAUAUGCUCUGUCUUCAUUAUGCCACCGAUUAGACCUGCUCUCUGUUCGGGCACGUGUGUGUGUGUCACAGGCAUGUAAAUAAAUGCUGGUAUUUGUGUGUGAACAGGCUCGUGACGGUAGCAGUGACACAGUGUUUUCCAGCAGUUCAGGAUGGCGAUAAAAGAUGAUAUUGUUUUAAGCCAAGUUUUUUAGUGUCCAGUUUUUGGUACAAUUUCAUAUUGUAGUAAUACACAGGAGUUUUCAAGAUUGUGCGGACAUCGAGGCAGAAAAAAAAAAAAUCUAGUGAUGUACAGAAGAAGCACUGCAUUGGGAAUAUCUGUAUGUACCUGAAUAUGUACCUUCCUAACAAUAAAACAAUUAACUUUAAAGGAAUCCUAGUUGCUCAUGUUGAAUUUAGAAGUGUUGCUAACAGUGUAUAUAAUAAAGGGGCCAAUCUUUGUGGAGUUUGUCAUUGCAGCAAACAGUGCGGAUUGCACCUUUAUGAGCAGUUUUCUCUCAGGCCUGCAGUGUGGGGGGAGGGGGUCUCCCUCAUGUGGGGAUGCUCCCCCUGCAGGGCUGCCUGUCAUGCUGUCUUUAGUGGGCACAGCUGUGUGGUUGAAUCAUGUGGUGUGGUCCUGCCUAGCUAAGGUGUCGAUAUGUAGCUGAGAAACACGGCAAAAAAAAAAAAAUCAAUAAAAAAUCUAAUACUAUUAUUGCAUGGAAGUUUUCUGGUUGUUUGACCCACUGUAAAUCUUCGGAGAGCUUGUACGAUGAAAUGCAUCGGCCAUGUACGUAUGUAAUGUAAGAUGACUUGUAUACUUGUUUCAGCUGUUUGUCUUCUUUUUUAUUACUUCACAUGUUGGUGUGGUUAAAAAUCAUUUUUGUAUACUAAAUACAAACGUAUACGUAAAGAA